UGACGUUAGAAAGCUGUCAUAUUGCUCUUUGACCGUCACAUUUCUGUUGGCUGUUUGAGUUAUAGACGGUUAUAACUCUACAAGAACAUAAAUGCAAGAUGUCUGAGGAGGCUUUUGAUGUGAUGGUGGUUGGCUCCUGUAUGACUGACUUGGUGAGCCAGGCACCAAGGCUACCCAAAGCCGGGGAGACCAUCCAUGGUCAGAAGUUCUUCAUAGGCUUUGGAGGGAAAGGGGCCAACCAGUGCAUACAGGCGGCAAGACUGGGGGCCAAAACCGCCAUGGUCUGCAAGGUUGGUGAAGACUUCUUUGGAGACAAUUACAUUCAGAAUUUCAAAGACAAUGGCGUCCACACAGACUUUGUAGGCCAGACCCCUGACGCAGCCACGGGAACUGCCUCCAUUAUUGUCAACGAUGCAGGCGAGAACGCCAUCGUGAUCGUGGCCGGUGCCAACAUGCUGCUGGGCGGCGAGGAGCUGCAGGGAGCUCUUCUAGCCGUCAGUCGUGCAAAGGUUCUGGUGUGCCAGCUGGAGAUCUGCCCGCAGACGUCUUUACGUGCGCUACGCAUGGCGCGGGAAAACAAAGUGAAGACAAUAUUCAACCCAGCGCCGGCCAUCGCAGACUUGGAUGCAGGAUUCUACACAGCCUCCGACGUGUUUUGCUGUAAUGAGUCCGAGGCUGAGCUGCUGACUGGCUCCUCUGUGGCUAACGUGGAGGAAGCACGUCAGGCCGCCCAGCAGCUGCUGAAGCGCGGCUGUGGUUCAGUCAUCAUCACUUUGGGACCCCAAGGCUGUGUGGUUGUCAAGGCACAGGGGUUGACCUCAACACUUGUUCAAACUACUGCUUGUGCAACUGUGGACACUACGGGGGCUGGAGACAGUUUUAUUGGAGCGCUGGCGUUUUACACGGCUCAUUAUCCCACAAUGCCUCUGGAGGAGAUGGCCCGCCGAGCCAAUCGGGUAGCAGGAGUGAGCGUGCAGGCUGUUGGCACGCAGUCAUCUUACCCCUUCAAAAGGGACCUACCAGCUGAGCUGUUCUGAGAGCAGCAAACCAGCGAGCAGACACCAACGAUAGGGGACCACAUCCGGAGCGGCUCUCGAGGACACAAACCCAACGGUCUUAUGAAAAGAGCUGCUUGAAUGAAACCCCUGUGGAUAGUUUAUAAUUUAGUCAAUGCUAGUUGAAUAGAAAGCUAACCCCAAUUUGAAUGUAAAUACACAUUAAUGGUGACAGUCUUAAAGGUUUGAACGGUUUAAUAAUGAACAAACAUUGUUACAGUUAUUACCUUUAAAAUAAAUGGUGUCUCACAAAAUAUAUCCAGUUUAAUUACAAGUUGGGAAACAGUUGACUGAACCAACAACAAUCUCCAUGGUGGUCUUGAAGCAGAGUCGGAGUAAGUGUCAAGUCGUUCUGGGGCAGUCGGCAGAGUAGAGGCUUUAUUUUGUAGAUCGCAGUCGAAAUCCUCUGACAACACCUCAAGCAGCCAAACCGAAACGUUGACUGAUUGCAGCUUGUAUAAUCCACGACCAAAAAUAAAAAAUGUUGCAGGUA